UCUCUCUGCUACAUAACCAUCUGCCCAGUUGCAGAUCAAAAAUGGCGAUUCCUCGCUCUCUCUCUCUCUCUGCAACUGGGUUUCCCUGGCAUUUCCAUUUUGAUCCAUGCCGGUUGAAUCGCAGCAGCAAGAUGGGUGGCCUCUCGGCCUGCAACCACUGAAUUCAAGAGCUCGGUUGUUGAGAGUCAAUCACGAUCGUAAUGGAUCAAUCUCCUUCACCUCUUCCAGUACCGACUCUUCUUCCGAUCUCGAUUCGCAGUCGACCGGUUCUUUCUUCCUCCGCAAUAGCACCACUCUGGGCAGCCUCAUCGGCGUUUCCACCGUCCUCGAGCUCUCCAGAAGAUCCACGAGGGGAAGACCGCCGGAAACCUCGCCUGAGAAGAAGACCUGCAAAUCCAAGCCUUGGAUGUUCUCUCUGUGCUCAAAGGUGAGCACUGACGUCAACAGUACAACCACCACCACUCCUUCGCUCGGUCACUUUCUUGAAGCAGAGAGGAGAGCCGCCUCCGGCAAACAGAUUCCGUCCACCGGUUUUCCAGAUGAUUUCUCGAUUUCCGAUCAAAACCCUCUGUCAAGUUCUUGGCUGGAUUCGCAUGGAGCUCCUUAUGCGUUCUCAUGCUUGUGCGGACGAGUUGAUCAUUGAAUUCAAUUUACCAUGUUCAUGUUCAAGAGUUGGAAAUGGAAGACGGAUUUCUCGUUAGAGAAUAAAUAGUACUUCUUUCAUGAAACUGAACUUAUGUGUCGUACCUGGUCUGUGGGUUGUUGUGUUCGUCGGUCACUUGAGAAUUAUAGUUCCGAUCGAAGUAUUCAAUCCCUAUCAUAUUUAAUUGUGGGUUUUUACGGUUAUAUUUCAUUUUGUUGUAAGGAUCCAAUCCCUUCUUUGUUUGCCCAUUAUAUAUAUUUGAUAUGU